CACUCACUGGCCCGGCCCGGCCCGGCCCGCCCGACACUCCCAUAAAUAGGGGAGGCCCGAGCUACGUCCUUGUUGCAAAACGUCUUGGUUUAAAGGAAAAUUAUUUCACACACCCCCGUCCCCUCCCCACCGUUGUGUUGGAGUUUGAUUUUUUUUUGUUGUGUUGGUGUCGAGCUGUGUAUCCGGGAAGGUGACUCCAUGGCUUUCUCACUGAACAACGAGAUUGGCCGAGGUCAAGAUUGCUGGGAUGUGCCUACUUCUACAGAAAGCCCAGCCUUGUCUACCUGCAGGAAUGCUGACAUCUUCCGUAGAAUAAACGCUAUGUUAGACAACUCUUUGGAUUUCACAGGCGUCUGUACUACUCCUGUCACCAAGGGCCAAAGGGAGAAUGUGGGAGACUUGAACAAAAUUGACACAGGAAUAAGCAGCAGGAUGCUGCUUCCCACGUCUGCACAGGAUUCAUCACGAGGCCUCCCAGACACUAUGGACCUCUGCUUAGGCCUACAGUCUCUAAAUCUGACAGGGUGGGACCGACCAUGGAGCACCCAGGACUCUGAAACUGCAGUAUCAAAGGCUAGUUCAUCAGUUUUAGGCUUGCUCGCUAACCCCUUGAGUGCUCAGCUGACUAGAACAGCAGUUGGGUUUCCAUCACUGGAUCCCAUAGGAUCAAAUUACGCUGACCAAAUUGCAUCAUCUUUGCCGAAGCGCAUGGAAAGCCGUUCAAUGUUGGAUUCUCGAUCAAGCAGCCCAUCUGACUCUGAUACAAGUGGCAUCAGCUCUGGCUCUGAUCCCCUUUCAGAGCUAAUGUCAAGUCUUCGCAUUUCUCCUCCAAUUUCCUUCUUGCCCAUGGGUGGAGUGGGCAGGGAUCCGCUAAAACGUAUUGGUAUGAGCCCUCGACUGGAUCAAGACCAGGCUUCUGUGACCAAUCCUGUGAGCCCUAACCCUUUCAAAAGAUGGUCAGCAAAUUCUGGAUGGGCAAAUUGGGAUCUUUUAGAGGGUCCAGAAGAUCCUUUUUCCAUUGAAAAGGAGGCCAGACUACAUAGACAAGCUGCAGCAAUGAGUGAAGCCACAUUUACAUGGAGGGGCCAGCUACCACCCCGGAAUUACAAGAACCCGAUAUAUUCCUGCAAAGUGUUCCUGGGUGGUGUGCCCUGGGAUAUUACUGAAGUUGGACUGAUAAAUACUUUCAGGGUAUUUGGCUCACUGAGUGUGGAAUGGCCGGGUAAGGAUGGCAAGCACCCUCGAUGCCCACCCAAAGGUAAUAUGCCGAAAGGUUAUGUCUACUUGGUUUUUGAAUCUGAGAAGUCUGUGCAUGCGUUACUACAGUCCUGCACACACGAUCUUAUGAGCACUGACGGUGCAAGUGAAUAUUAUUUCAAGAUGUCAAGUCGCAGGAUGCGUUGCAAAGAGGUACAGGUUAUACCUUGGGUGCUUUCAGAUAGCAACUUUGUCCGUAGCCCAUCCCAGCGACUGGACCCAAGUAAAACUGUGUUUGUUGGAGCACUACAUGGGAUGUUGAAUGCAGAAGCUUUGGCAGCAAUCAUGAAUGACUUAUUUGGUGGAGUAGUGUAUGCUGGUAUUGAUACUGACAAGCACAAGUAUCCAAUUGGUUCUGGUCGAGUCACUUUUAAUAACCAGCGUAGUUACCUGAAUGCUGUUGGAGCAGCCUUUGUAGAGAUAAAGACUCCAAAAUUCACUAAAAAAGUGCAGAUUGAUCCCUACCUGGAGGACUCCAUGUGUCAGGCAUGCAAUGCUCAACCAGGACCAUUUUUCUGCAGAGAUCCAGUCUGCUUCAAAUAUUUCUGUCGUUCAUGCUGGCAGUGGCAGCAUUCCCUUGAGGUUCUUCGCCACCACCGUCCAUUGAUGCGUAACCAAAAGAACCGUGACUCCAGCUAAAAGCACAGCAAAUGUGGUUUCGGUUUCAGUCGAGUGAGUGAGCUGGGAAAAGGCUCAGACUGGGAACAGCGAUUAUGGACUGAAGUUCACUCCUGCACUUGCUAUUUGCUGUUUUAAUAUUCACAAUCGCACUAUGCACAGUGAAUUCCAUGGGGUAUCGGGGACCACCACAGCAGUUCCCAGACAAAAGUUCUGCACCGAGGUGAUAGAGCCAGGUCUCGAAGGUGUUGAAGCAAGUGGCUUCACAUUUAGAUUUUUAGGCUUUUUUACAUUCCUUGCAUUUUGACAAUGUUGCAAGUUCAUUACCUUUCCACUAGCAGUUGCCAUACAGUGCCUUUAAAUUUUUUUUCCCCAUCAGGACUGCAGAUACUGGUGAAUAUUCAGCCGGUUUUUUACUUAAGGCAGUGGAGUGCUUUAUUUAGCAAUCAAAUUCAAUAUUUUACGCUCAGUUUUUACAGAUACGACUGCCUUUUUAAGGCUUCAUUUUUUUGACCAGUUUUUUUUACACUGUUUAAAGGUUUUAGUCAAACACAACAGUGACUCUCUCCUGGUGGCUUUUAACAUUUUUGUGUCUGGGGCUGCUAUUAUGGACCCUGGGUCAUUGUUGUAAAUCAAGAUGUUUGCAACCAUUGGUGUGGAUUUACGGAUUAGAAACUGGACUGAAUAACGACAUUCGAGCUGCUGUACAUAGUUAAGAUGUUCUUUGCACUUUUUAAUUUGCACUAUGGGUAGGUAGAGGUUUUUAAUCACCAUUCUCACUGAUGAUGUGGUUUUCUUUUUGUACUUGAGCAGAAGGGGUUUCAUGGCCAGGCCAGGUUGAGUAUCCGGUUUAGGCCCCUUACGAGCAGUUGCUCACUUACUGUUAAAGGAUGAGAAACUAUUACUGAGGCUAGCUGAGCAGCUGCUUGGGUCUCGGAAGUUACUUGAGGUUUUUACUCUUGUGGUUUUUGAUCUGAAGCUGUGUGCCAAAGAACCAGUGUCCUUAACCUUUUUUUCUUUUGCUGAGCUGUUGCCUAGCUGCUCGCCCAGCUGCUGUUGAACAUUAAGUAAGGUCUCUACCUCACUGUGGUAUGCAGGUGUAACUGCAGUUACCUUAAGUUGUGGAGUAAGCUGUUUAAAUGUUGGACACAAACCCUGUUAAAGCAGAAACUAUAGUGUUAAACAUGUCUAAUAUGUACCAGUAUAGUGCAAAAAUUUUCUCUGCUUCUAAACUAGAAGCAUAAGAGCCUAUAUUGUACAUAAUGGCCAAACAUCCCAGUAAUCCAUCUGCUGAUGUAUUGCUGAACUUGCAGUGACUAAAUUGUAGCAAUCCUUCAGUGUGGUCAUGACCAAUGACUGGAGUAUACUGGCCAUUGACAUCCAGACUUGCUGUAAGUAAAGACCCAAAUGGAAUAAACCCAUGAUGUUCACAGUAUAAUAUGUUGUGGAGUGAUUUUUAUUUUGUUCAUAUCCUGUGAUUCAGAUUGCUAUUAGUGUAUUACUGGUAAAACUAAAUAAAUUGAGUGGUUUCUAAAUGA